UUCUAAAAUUAUCAGACGCAACUGGAAUUUACCUUCGCGGAAAAGCAACUUCGAUGAAAUCACCUUGAACUUGAUUUUAUAUGCAUACAAAAUUUAAAAAUUAAAAAGAAAAAAGAAAAACCAGAGACGCGGAGUCGGCAACUCACGAUCCAAACCCUCUUGUUAUCACUUACAAUUCUAGGGUUUCUUCGAUCUGCUCGUUCAAAUAAUCGGCCAAUCGCGAUUGCCUUUGAGCUAUGUUCAAAUUCUGGGGUUCACAGGAGCAACAAGGUCAGCCACGCCCACAAGAUGGUUCUCCACAGUCUUGGUACCCUCCAUCUGUAGUCACUCCAAAUUCUUCCCGCCCUUCAACCUCUAGUCUCAGCUCUUCUGGUAGUUUCAAUCCAACAAGGCCUGCAGAUCGGCCAGGGUCCCCAUCACAUGUUUCGCCAGCUGAAGCUGCUGGCAUUAUUGCUCUCUUGAAGGACAAAAGUGUUGAUGAGUUGCGGAGGCUUUUGUCUGACAAGGAUGCCUACCACCAAUUUUUACUUGCAAUUGAUCAAGUAAAAAUUCAAAACAAGAUAAGGGAUGAUCUACUGAUGGAAACGUUGCAGCUUGCUAGGGAGAACUUAGAGAAGGAACCCCGCAUCAUGGAGCUUAAAAAUCAAAGCAGAAUCAUCCGGACGACAGAAUUGGCUGCUGCUCAGGAGAAAUUGCAUGAGCUUGAGAAACAGAAGGAAGAGCUUUUGAAGUUCUACUCCCCCGCAUCCCUUCUCCAAAAGCUUCAAGAAGCACUAGAUAAGACAGAGGAGGAAUCUGAGACUCUGCAUGCUCAGCUCCUCAAUAAGGAAAUAGAUACCAGUACUUUUGUGCAGAAGUACAAGAAGCUGCGGACAACUUACCACCGGCGAUCCCUUAUCCAUCUUGCAGCAAAAACAUCCUCUUUCGGUUGACCUGUGGAAAGGGGUGAUGGUAUACUCUAUACAUAAAUACUAUAAUGCAGAUCGUUUCAUUGUUUGAAGUUCAACCAUUAGAUACAAUUUAUUUUGUUCCCUGUAUCAUUUUGUCUAAUCAUCGUCAUAUAAUCCCCCUUUCCUUUGGUUUUCAAGAUGCUUGCCUAAUUUAUAAGGCAUUGUUUAUGUUGUAUUGAAGCAAAAAUAAUUCGUCAUUGCA